AUGCAAGUUAGUUAUAAGACCGCAGAGGGAUUCUUUUUGCUGCUUCCAGUCCUUUUGUCAUACGGAUUCAAAGGCAAGAUGAAUGACAUCUUCACACAGUAUAUUGUAUACUUUAGAAUUGCGUUUGUUAUUUCUAUUAUCAUUGACAUGGCAGUAUCAUACAGAAUUAAAAGUAGAAUAGAGCUGCACAAUGUGAAGACAAAGAUAAGAUUCGCAACAGACGACUACAUUGUGGUUCCAAAGACAGUUAGCGAGGAGAAGGAAGGUCAAGCACAAAAUGAGCAGGAUGAAGAGAUGGAAAUAGAAAUGACUGUUCAUGACUAUGAUCUGAAAGUAAUUAACUCGCAUAUCUCUCGGGUUCUGUCGAAUGCAGCAAUUCAUUUGGCAAUUCAUCUGUUUAUGAAGAGCACGCAGCCUCUGUUUAUGCUUAUUCUUAACCCAGUGAAGAACUUCAUCUUCUUCCCCCCAUACAUUGAGUACAUAACCAGCAGAUCUAUGCUCAGGCCCUUCUCCAGGAACUACAUCAUUGGGGCAUACGAGAAACGAAAAACCCCAAAGACCGCAGAGAAGGUUGAUGCAAUUCCCGAGAAAGAGAUGAAGGCAAAGAAGGAGGAAUAG